AUGUCAAGUAGCCAACGUGCGGAAAGCUCCCAUGCAUUUUUCAAGAAAUAUGUUUCGAAGAGAAACUUAUUGAUGGAUUUCAUACUUCGAUUUAAUAGGGCACUUGCACAUCAACGUCACAAAGAGUUAGGGGCUGAUCAAGUUGAUAUUAAUGAGAAGCUUGUUUUGAAAUUGCCAUUGGAAACGGAAAAGCAAAUGGCUGAGAUUUACACACGCAAGAUUUUUCUUAAGUUUCAAGAUGAGUUGUGGCAUAGCUUAGUAAUAAUGCCACAAUUUGUUCGUGAAAAUGCUACACACAAAAUGUAUGUGGUCGAGAGUGGUCCAAAAGAAGGUGUUCGUAGAGUGCGAGAAAUUGCUUAUGAUAAAGAAUUGGACUUUGCAUCUUGUACAUGUAAGAAGUUUGAGAGUGAAGGACUUCCCUGUAGACAUAUCUUGGCAUUUUUGAGACUGUUUGUCAUUGAUAAAGCCAUAAUAUAUGAAGAGGCAAGUGUAAUUGUGAAUGAUGGUCUUCAAAGUUUGCUAGACAAGAUUGAAUCCAUAGUUAGCAACACAAAAAGUGGAGGCAUUUCUGAAAAAUGUAGCACUGCUCAUGACUAUGAAGCUUUGAAAGACCCAUCUGCUGUGAAGGAAAAGGGAUGCGGACAAAGAUUAAAAAGGGGAAAGGAGAAGGCAACAAAUGCCGCAAAGUCCUCACAAAAUGAGGAAAGUCCUCAACACGCCUCGGAAUAUGAUUCUAAAGCUGAUAGUUUGUCUUCCACAGGUCUGCAUGAGAAAACGAAAGGAUGA